CCUUGGCAGGGUCGAUGUCUCUCAGCUGGUCUAACUGCUCGUAGAUGGACUGUUGAGAUUGGAGGUAUGCGAGCAGCUUGUCAAACCGGUUCUGAUGAGUCACAGCGUUCUUUGGAUCAGCAGCGUGGGUAAGCCAGUCUUUCUUUAGGGACUCGGGCAGCUUGCUUUCAAUAGACUUUAUUACCAAGAGGUUCUUCAUGGCAUUUGCUUCAUCCAGCUCACUCAAAUCAUAGAGGGCCUUUUCAACUGCGUGGAUAAGCUCUAUAAUUCUUCUAGGCUGGUUGCUACGAACAGGAGGGAUAGCUUGAAGCUCCUCAAUGAUUUCAAUGGCGAUGGUGGCUUGAUUUCCAUAGCGGUUCUCAAGGACUCUGAAGAUCUCAUCGGGCGAGGUGUAUGUGGACAGGCGCAGAUCUUCGGCCACUUUAUCAUCGAGGCUAUCAAGAAGUUGGAAUUUCUUUACUUCCACGGACCCGGUUGGUUCACCUUGCUUUUGCAGAGCCUCCCAUUCCUUCCGCCAUCUGUAGAACUCACGCUGGCUGCCGGUGAACUUUGGUAAAGCUGUGGCUUUCAAUUUUAUGGCUGCGACCGAGGCUGCGUUGCGGACUGUGACGACUGCUUGGUCGGCAUCUCUUUUAAUCCUCUCUGCUUUGAUCAGGACUGCCUUCCCUGACACCAGCUUUGGAAGGCAGGUUUCGAGCUCCAUCAGUCGACGAUCACAAUCUCGCCUCUCAGCAGGUGGAGCCCAGCGGUUCCAUGUCUGGUGUGCCUGCUUAGCUUUCUUCACCAGUUCUUCUAGAUGGUGGAGCAUAAAAUCAUAUGCCUCCAGGGGUGUAUCAGGCUGAGUGGAUGUGACGUUCUCACACGCCAUUUCUGCUGAUUUUAGAGCAAGGGUCAGUUCUUUUUCACCAUAUGAUAUCCACAGUGUCUCUCUGAUCAGGUGCUUCACCUCCUUCAACUUCUGCUCACAUUCUUUCUCCGUUUUUUCGACGUCUGCUCUCUGUUGGCCCAUCAGCUCCGGUGUGCCCUCUGCUUCACACUGCGUGAUGUAGGCAGCUUCAAGCUCCUCGUUCGCGUCAAUCACUUUGGAGCCCUCUGCUGUGAGUCUCUUGAAGGAAUCCUGCAGCUCCUCUACAGACAUAUCCAUGUGGGUCCUUAUUAUAUGGUUGGUGAGUCUGGAAAACAGUCUCUUUGCAGUGGUUCGCUCUAUUUUCAGCUCUUCGAGUGACUUGGACUCAGCCAUGCUCCUUUCUUGGUUGUUGAUUGGACUGGCAAACGGCGUGCGAUUUCCUCCAGGCCCCCAGGUGGAGUCUUCUCCGUCUUUGUGGUGAGCUUUUGUGGAGUCUUCACUGGUCAAGGCCGGUUUCUCUACUGGCCAGGCCGGUUUUUUACUGUCAAGUGUUGUCUGACUGUGAGGUGUCCACACUUGAAAAAGACCAGACUUUGAAUUUCACUCAACUUUAUUUAGACCAACUAGUUUGAUAGCUGGUAGGUAGCAGCAGGUAAAAAACCUUUCAACACAAAAAUAAAGAACAUUUCAUUAACCAUUCAGAAAAAUUAAAUGCAUUACACAGAAGAUAGAUGAAAUAACAAAAUACACUUCAGUAAAGCCAUUUACCAUGUGGUUAACUGUGUUAAUUUAACUGUGGUUCUUAAAUAUACAAAAUGUGUCUUCUUUGCAUUAACACUUUCUUUUAUAAACAAUUGUAUUUUAAAGUAUACAUUUUAGAGUUCACAAACAUUUUAAUAGAGACUUUAACUAAGGAUUUUCUUUACAAAAUUAUUUUUCUUUAAAUCAAAACCAAACAUUUAUUCUCUAUUUUUACGAUCCACCCAAGGAUUUGGGGGGUAACUAUUUUUAAUAUUAAGUAACAUAAAUAUGUGGGAACACUAACUGCACAAACAAUUUAUUCAAACUUAAACAUUCUUUUUUGUCAAUAUAAUUUUUUAAACUUAAAUGCAGCAACUAUUUCCCUAAGCGUAAAACAUUUGCACAACUGAGCUUCCAUAGUUCCAAAUAUAUGUGCAGCAAAUGUGAGCUCAAGAGCUUACCGAUAGCCCGUCUUGUUCAAAGUCUUCCUCACAGUGGAAAAGUGCUUUGUUUGCCGUCCUCUCAGUGUGUUGCUCACGGGUCAAAUGACUGCUGCAUGCAUUUUAAGGUCUACUAGGCACGCCCACCCUUGAUUGCUCUAAUGUGGCUCACCUGGCAGGGUGGCGCACACCAGGCCGUGCUUAGUUGUUGAUUGCACCCAAGGUCUAAUCAGCGGCCAUGCACAAGCAGCAUCACCGAACAGGUAGUGGGCAGGAGGAGGAAGAGAGGAAUAACAGCCACACCUACUAGGUCAGCGCGACAGUAACUAACUGAAGCCUUUCAUUGACCAAACAAACACAUCGGUCCUCUCUGUGCACACACACUGCUGCUGUCAGUGUGUUUGUAUGUAACAAAAUCAAAGUGCAGACAUGCGUUUGUGACUCUGUCACCGAGCUAACAGCCGAUCACUCAGCAUGUUUGUACUGUCGGCUCAUGUUGCCUUCAUGUUCCCAGGAGCACUCAGCUGACGACAUCUAAAGACCUGCAGGCCGUUCGAGUCACAUCUUCCUUAAACUAACAGCGUUUCAUAAAGAGAACAUCACAGCAGCAGCAGACACUGUGGUGUGAUGGUCUGUGCUGCUCUGCUGCUUCAGGACAACUCGCUGUAACUGAGGGAAUUCUGCUCUCUACCAGAAAACCCUGAAGGCAGCAGGACAAUGAUCAGGUCCUGCAGCACGUCCCCCUCCGAUUGGCUCAAAGAACAAAAUGAAGUUUUGGAAGUCUGGAAUAAACGGCCUCAAAGGGGAGCCAAACCAGUACGAUAUGAUCCAGGUGUAACAAAGAUUUACAGGUGUGCGCGCUGAUCCGUGUGUAACGUCUGAGGACUCACAAAUGUGUUCAUCCAAAGCCGAGUAAAUUCAGACCUUUACAGUUAAUGAAGUUCAGAUCGUUAGCUUCAAUAACGGCUCACAGAUCCACAAACGUGAGCUGCGCUCAGGUCACGCUCUGUGUGGAUCAGAUCUGAAGGAGGAGGGCGGAGCGUCGUCCUCGGGAACAUUCUGGUUUCAGGUCUGUGUCAUUCCUUCGUGCCGAUCCAGUUUGUACCACAAGGUGGCGUCAGUGUUAGUGGGUCAUCUUGUAUUUACAGGACAUUGUGGGAAUAUGAAAAAGAAAUCAAAAUAAACCGCGGGUGGGGGUUGCGCGCGCUCUGCAGCUGAAAAUGCUUUCGGGUGCGCGCGCUCUCCUCUUCACAUGCGCAGGCUGGCGGCGCACGUCUCCAUCCAGCAGUGCGCAGUAAUUGAAAUGGCGCAUUUGGCCGCGGGCGGGUAAUGCGUGAUGGGACGCGUCAUUCGGGAGGGGGCGGGACCUGCGGGAUCUCACCUUCGUGCGCGCGCUGCCUCGGUGGGGUCGGGACUGUGACCUGGCCCCGGGGGGUCUGCGGGGCCCCGGGUGCUCUUCAUUCGGCCCUCCUCUCUGCUCCUCCUCAGUCUCUCCGGGACCGCAGCCCUGCCGCCGGGACGGAGCUCUCUCUCACGCCGCCCUCCAUGUCCUCCGUGUCGGUCUCCUCUCAGGAGGGACGGAGCUUGUCCAGGAUGUCUCUGAGCCACUCACCUGUGUCGCCCAUGACGGCCCAAGGUAUCCCGUCGCCCGCCCAGCUCACCAAGGCCAACGCCCCUGUCCACAUCGACGUGGGCGGGCACAUGUACACCAGCAGCCUGGCGACGCUCACCAAGUUCCCGGAGUCCAGGAUCAGCCGGCUGUUCAGCGGUGCAGAGCCCAUCGUGUUGGACAGUCUGAAGCAGCACUACUUCAUCGACCGGGACGGCGACAUCUUCCGCUACAUCCUUAGUUUCCUGCGCACCUGCAAGCUGCUGCUUCCUGAAGACUUCCAGGACUUGCCCCAGCUGUACGAGGAGGCUCGGUACUACCAGCUGACUCCGAUGGUGCGCGAGCUGGAGCGCUGGCAGGCGGAGCGCGAGGCCCAGCGGACGGCGCCCUGCGAGUGUCUGGUGGUCCGCGUCACACCUGACCUGGGCGAGAGGAUCGCGCUGAGUGGCGAGAAGGUCCUCAUCGAGGAAAUCUUCCCCGAGACCGGAGACGUGAUGUGCAACUCUGUGAACGCCGGCUGGAACCAGGACCCAACCCAUGUCAUCCGUUUCCCUCUGAACGGGUACCUGAGGCUCAACUCUGUGCAGGUCCUCGAGCGCCUCUUCCUGAAGGGCUUCGAAAUCAAGGCGUCCUGCGGCGGCGGCGUCGACUCGUCCCAAUUCAGCGAGUACGUGCUGUGUCGCGACCUGCAGCACAGCCAGUCCGUCACCAGCACGCCAAUCCGGAUUAAGCAAGAGCCUCUGGACUAAAGAGCAGCGGUGACCGUGUCACCUGAGCACGCCGAGCACACCUGGAGCGGAGGCCUCAGGAGGCGGAGCUUGGCUGCCGUGUACAUAAUGGUUUUUCUAAGUGUCAUUUUUAUAAAGUGCUGUUUGUAUAUUUAAUGUGUUUGUAGCUCAGCUGUUGUUCUCAUAAAAAGAAACCACACAAAGCUCC